AUGUUUUUGAGAAACGCUGUCCUCAAGACACCAAUUGCAAGAACUAUGGCUACUCUUACACCUGUGGCAACUAAAUCUGCACCACCUGCAGCCGCUUCUUAUUCACAAGCCAUGAAGGCUAGCAACUUGUUGUUCGUCUCUGGUCAAAUCCCUUAUACACCGGACAAUAAGCCAGUGGAAGGUUCCAUCAGUGAUAAAACUGAGCAAGUCUUCUCCAAUGUGAAGAGCAUUUUGCAAGCUGGUAACUCUUCAUUAGAACGUGUUGUUAAAGUCAACGUUUUUUUGGCAGACAUCAAGUACUUUGAAGAAUUCAACAAGGUUUACGCUAAGUACUUCAAUGAACACCAACCUGCUAGAUCUUGUGUUGCCGUUGCGGCUCUUCCAAAGAACUGUGACUUGGAGAUGGAAGUCAUCGCUGCUGAAGUCGACUAA